UGGACGUACAGUCCGUGUGAGGAAGCUGCAGCAGCGUACUGAAUUUAGAGGAGAGACACAAAGAAAGCCACUGAUCCUACCACGUUAGUUGAAACCCGAUUUGAAGCAGCGAUGUGUUCAGCUCAGCAUCUGAGAGAGUUCAUCAAGGAGAGACUCACUGCUGUUUGUGAAGAAAUCUUCUUAGAGGUUCAAAAAACCGUCGGCCAUUAUGAGGAGGAGAUCGACCGUCAGCGCAGACUGCUGGAUAUCAGCCGGAAUCCCGACACAAACUCACACAUCACAGACAUGCCACAAAAGCAUGAUUGUGAGGAAGAGGACGGUCUCACCAGGAGAGGUAACCAGGAGAGGAACUUCACUCGGGACCAGGAGUACCCAGAGCCUCCACAGAUUAAAGAGGAACAGGAGCACCCAGAGCCUCCACAGAUUAAAGAGGAACAGGAGCACCCAGAGCCUCCACAGAUUAAAGAGGAACAGGAGCACCCAGAGCCUCCACAGAUUAAAGAGGAACAGGAGAAACUCUGUAGCAGUCAGGGGGGUGAGGAGCUUGGACUGAAGCAGAAAGCUGAUGCCUUUAUGGUAACUAUUACUUAUGAGGAAAGUGACCACAGUGAACCAGAACCAAACAGUGAGCAGCUUCUUUCUCACAGCUCUUCUGAAGCAGAGGUAAAGAAGAGGAUACAUCGCAGAAAGAGAAGUCACAGUCAGAGAGUAGACAACACUCCUGUGUCAGAGAAUCAGAGUCAAACUGACACAAGGAAGAAGUCUCUACAAUGUGACACCUGUGGAAAAGCUUUCAUAUAUAAAUCCCACCUGACCAGACACCUGAAAGUUCACACACGAGAGAAACCACAUUGUUGUAUCACCAGUGGGAAAAACAUUGGUCAGAAUUCAGACUUGGAGCUUCAUGCAAAAAUUCACACUGGUGAAAAGCCACAUUCUUGUGGCACGUGUCAUCAAGGAUUCGAUCGGAAGUCAGCCUUGAAACAUCAUGCAAGAAUUCACACUGGUGAGAGGCCAUAUUCUUGUGGCAUGUGUCAUAAAACAUUCAAUCGGAAGUCAGUCUUGAAGCGUCAUGCAAAAAUUCACACCGGUGAGAGGCCAUAUUCCUGUAGCACCUGUGGGAAAAGAUUCCGUGAGAAAUCAAACUUGCAAAGUCAUGUAAAAAUUCACACAGGUGAGAAGCCAUUUACAUGUGGCACCUGUGGGAAACAAUUCAUACAGAAGAUAAACUUGAAAACACACAUGAUAAUUCACACAGGUGAGAUGCCAUAUUCCUGUGGCACCUGUGGGAAAAGAUUCAGUCGGAAAAUUGACUUGAAGCGUCAUGUAAGAAAUCACACUGGUGAGAAGCCAUAUUCUUGUGGCACCUGUGGGAAAAGAUUCAAUCACAAAUCAACCUUGGAUUGUCAUAUAAGAAUCCACACUGGUGAGAAGCCAUAUCUUUGUAACAUCUGUGGGACAAGAUUCACUUCAAGGAUACAGUUAAAGAAACACAUGAGAAUUCAUUCUGGUUAAAGGUUUCAUGCUCAGAAAAUGUGAGACAGCUGUGAGUUGUACCUGUGUGUUGGUGGUAGAGCUCACACUGAGCAGAAGUCAAAUCACUGCACAAGAUGAGUGAAAAGGUGACCCAUAUUCAAGCCAGUAUUUUCUGUGCAGAGCAGUAAAGAACUCUCUGCAUUGUUUAUUCAGUUUAUUACCUUGAGGCCUUUUUUAUAUGAAUUUUUAUACAGACGCAUAAAUUACGUGCAAAUGUUUGGUACCUUAAAAAUAUUUUUCUGACUUGCCUGUUCAAUCUGUUCUGACCUUGACUCUAUUUAACUCAGAGAGGAAAAGACUGGAAGAUAAGGUUGCAACACAACCAAUACCGUUUUAAAGGAACAAUUCAUGAAUUUAAGAACAAUGGAGUUCUCUUUUAUUAUUUUGAUUUGUAAAGGGCCCAGGUUGUAAUUUCUGUUGUGAAAUGGUUACCUGUUGAUGUAUUAACUUAGGUUACAGUUAACUGAACAUUUGUAUGUUAUGAUCAUUUGUACUCAUACUCAGCUCCUCUCAAACUUAGAGCGAGGUGUACUUACCUGGGAGUGGGUUACAUGUAUAAUAAAAAUCAGUGAUUGUAUCUGAAGUGAUGUCAUUUUUCAGAUGAAAAGUUUGAUCACACUUGAUCACUUACACAUUUAUAUCUAAAAACUAAAUGAUGCAGGCCUGUAUAUUGUGGAGGAGAGACAUGUUUAUUUGCCCUGAGCUGCAUUUGUCAGGCAGAGCAUCUCCACACUCCACCAAUCUAAUGUUCUGUUUUGGUUUAUCUGAUGGAUAUUUCUGUCCAUUACUGUGUAGCUGUUGAACCACACGCACAGACAGUAAGUCAAAAUGCUCUACAGAGCAACAGUAGAUAGACACCAGCAGAAUUUGGUUCAGGUGAGAAGCCUCUUGUAAUGAGGUCUUUGCUGGGCCUUUUUUGGCAGUGUUGGCAGUGUUAAUACUCCAGCUCAGGUCGUACUCCAACUUCACUUCCAGGAACCAAAAAAUUGAGACCAUCCCCACCAAUGAACAGAGAUUGAAUGACAUCCCACAAGAGCAGCCAAGUGUAAUCCCCUGCAUGCUCCAGGUGGGAGAGAGCAGAAAGGAGGUCUGUGGCAAUGGUGUCCACUGUGAACGUGUUAGUUCUGUAGGCAAGCUAGUGGAGGUCAAUCCUGGGGGGAAGACGAGGUGAGGUGGGCAUGGACAAGAUUUUCAAAGCACUUUAUAAUAACUGGUGUAAAUGAUACUGGCUGGUAAUCAUUCAGCCCAAUGAUGGUUUUCUUCUUGAGGAUGGGGACAAACAUGGAGGAGUUCGGGCAGGGAGGGACAGCAGCCCGACUCAGGGACUGGUUAAAAAUGCUGGUAAAAAUACCAGCCAGCUGAGUUGCUCAAACCUUGAGUACCUGUCCAGAGACACCAUCGGGCCUCACAGCUUUCCUGGGCUUCACAGCUUCCUGCAUACUCCUCACUUGUUGCUCCUCCAGCCUGAGGAUGUGGCUGAUGGAUGUUGGAUGGCUGUCUCUGGUUGUUGUACCUCUAAACAGGCAAAGAAACUGUUCAGCUCCUCCUCCAGAUUAAUGUCGCUGUUGUCAACUGACAGGCUGGGUCUGUAAUUUAUUAUAUGCUGAACCCAUGUCACCCCUGCCUGAAGUUGUGGAUCAAGAAACAGUCUUCAGUCUUCCUCCCUUCGUCUCCCUGAUGCCCUUUAAGGUUGCCGCUGGCAGCACCUUAAAGCACCCCAUCACCAGCUCUGAAGGCAAUGUUUCUCUCUGAGCAGGAUCUGCACAUUUCCAUUUGUCCAUGACUUUCUGUUUGGAUAAACCCAGAUGUUCUUGUCCACAGUUAGUGUCAGUACAGAACUUGAUGUAGUGCUGUCAUGAGUUUGUAGCAAAGAAAUGUUUUUCUGUUCCAUCACAGCAUCUUCGAAGCGUUACAUGACGCAGCUCACAGGAGGGGUGGUUCUGAAAUGUUUGAGUAGAACCUAAUCCAUAUUCUCCAAUAUUCUCUGUAAACAAGACAAACAUUACAAUUUCUUGCAAUAAGUAAAGCAGGGGUUCAAAUGAAGUCAAAUGUACAGUACACAAAGAAUAUAUUAGUUAAAUCUUCUGCUAGUGCAGGCAGUACAGUAUUUUUAUACUAAAAUCUCCAGACAGGCAGUACUUUAUGUGAUACAUUAAAACAGUGCUUGUCUGAAUUUGGGUCGUCAGCAUUCCUACAGUCUACAACUCGUCACAUUUCUUUUAGACCUGAUGUUUUUAUGUCUACAUGUCUUAGGUCUUUGUGAGUUGCUGUAAGAGAUGACAGCGGUGUUGGAGUUAUGUUCGCACUCUGCUGCCAGUGUUGGUUUUUCAACACAGGUGUGAAAUGACUGAGAAGGUGUUUAAGAUUUAGCAACACAUGUGUGGAGUGUGUUUAGUGACUGAGAAUGUGUUUGCUGUUUUACAUAAGAAAGUGAUUGAGUUGAACCGGAUGUGUAUAAGUGCCUAAAUUGUGUCGACGGUUUGGCCAAAAGAGUGUGUGAUUUGGGACAUUCGUUUAAGCCUCUGUGGAUUUGGUUUUGGGAUUGAAGUUUAGCGUUUUAGUGAUUCAGAAAUACUGUAACGGUUUUACUCUUUGGUGCAGUUGAGGAUGCUAUAUUAUUUUAUGUUUUUGAAUUUUUAAGCUUAAAUUGUUUAUUUUUCUUUUUUUUUUAAAAUUAUUUUAGGCUUGUUUUUUUGGUACUUGUGAGCAGGUACCGUCUCCAUAGGGAUGGGGUUUGGGAAGAAUGGCAGGAGGAGAGCAGCUGCAGAGAGGCGUAUAAGACUGCAACUGUGCUUCUUGGUCUCAACCCUGGGUAGUCAGGUUUUAGGAGGGUUAAUAAAUUUGGCCAGAUUUCUAGAAAUGAGAGCUGCUCCAUCCAAAGUGGGAUGGAUGCCGUCUCUCCUAACAACACCAGCUUUUCCAAAAUUACUAUAAAGCUCACGUUGUUUUUUGGACACCACUCAUACAGCCUGCAAUUCAAGCAGAACAUGCAGCUAAACAUGUCGCUCCUGGUCUGAUUGCGGAGAGAAAAGUACAGUCAGACAUUGUUUUUGCAAAGUUACACAUCGAUUCAAUGUUAACUCUAGUGACCUCCGACUGGUGUAACCAGGUGUCAUUACUGCCGAUGUGAACUAUGAUCUUACCAGAUUUACAUUUAGCCUUAGCCAGCAGUUUCAAAUUUCCUUGAUUUUCACCUGCUCUGGCUCCUGGAAGACAUUUGACUAUGGUCCCUGCUGUAGCUUUACGUUUCUCUAAAUAGAGUCACCAAUGACCAGAAUUUGUUCCUCAGCGAGUGUGUCGCUGAGUGGGAAAAACGAUUAGACACGUGAACAGGUUGGUGGUGUCCCGGGUCCUUGUGUUUAAAACUAUGCCUCCUCCUCACAGUCAUCCAGCUGGCUUGCUUUCCCUGCUGCUGGGGGAAUGCUAAUGGCGGCUAAGCUACCUUGGUCCUCACCAACUACAGAGGCCUGGCUAGUCUCCAGUUCACUGAGCCUGGCCUCCAGAACUACAAACAAACUACAUUUAUUACAAGUACCGUUGCUGCUAAAGAAGGCCGAGAAAUAACUAAACAUUUGACACACAGAGCAGGAAAGUGCAGGAGGGACAGGAGAAGAACCCAUGCUGUUAGUGAGUCACCUAAGAGAUAAGCUAAUAGAUGCACUAAGUUAGAAAAUUUCAAAACAGCCUGUGAAUAAUGUGAAUAAAGGUGAUUCAGCAGACAGUGUGUUUAGAUAAAGCACAUGAACAUUACACUGAAAUAUGUCUGUAGCAUGAAGGAAAUUAGUUUUUAUGAAGUUUCAUGAGGUUCGUGGUAUAUGUUUGUCUUUACUAAAUGUACAUUUACUUCCCUGAGAAAUUUGUCUGGAAAAUAACAUAACUGAUUAUGAUGUAACCAAGACUGAUAAGCUGUGACUAUAUUAAACUGUAAGCUGAAUUAGAAUGUGCCAAUACUUCAUGUCAUCUCACACGGGUGUGGCAUGCAGUCCUGACCCAGAUUA